GCUGCUCGGGUUCGGGUGUCCCGUGCUGAGCUGCAGAGGUGCCGGCCCUGACGAUAAGGACCUAAAAAUCGCAGGGGUUGCUAUCAGAGAAAGUAACACGGGUGUAUCUCUGGCAGCGGUCGCCUUUGCUGUGAUGUCCAAAACAAGGCUUUCAGACGCUGGUGUCCCCAUUCGUUUGUUCAAGUGUUUGAAAAUUUUUUCUAUCUAGUUCCUGGAAAGCUUGGAGCAACCGUAGAAUGCCGUGGCCUCACUGCGCUGGUAAUUCCUCGCUGUAAUUGCGAUAGGUUCUCAGUCAGGCGCGCUGCCUCCAGCACCCGUGAUGCUGGAGCUCUGCCUGGGCCCAACGACCUCAGAUCAGGGGGAAGUGGGACCCACCGGGGGAAAAGGUGUUUCACUCAUAGCCCCUUCCUUUUCCUUUUAAAGGUGAAGAUGAGCAUAAACAAAACAGGUCUCCAUCAGACUGUGCGUUGUAGUCAGACACUGUGCAUUGUAGUUACGUGGUUGCCCUACUGCUAGUCCAGUUCAAGACAAUGUGAGUGACUUGCGUGCCUGUUCUGCUCCGGGGUUACGCUGCUUCUUUUCCAGCAGGAGUUCUUGUGCUGUUCCUCAAUGCUCUUGGGGGUGUUUGGCAGCGGCACCUUAAUUCUUAGCAACUGAGCAUGGAGAAGCUGUGGGUCAGACCCAGAAGUCCUCAAGCUUUUAAGGAGCUGCUCCUUUGGAGAAUGUCAGGAGGGGGAUCUUUUCUUUAAGGAACUCCUUACACUUGCUUUUGUUUUCUUUUUUCUUUUUUUUUUCUUGCUCUCUUUCCUCUUUUUGCAAAACUCAGCAUCGCCACAAAAAGGGACCAUUCUCUGUAAGGCUGUUUGUCCUCAUUCUGUUUCUUUUUUGGGCUGUGCUCUCCCGUUUCCCCAUCCCUUUGCUGAAGGUAGCUGCUGGCAGCAGCAUGUGCGGUAUCUGAAGCUGCAUUUGCUCCUACAGACCUUGUUUGUGAUGGUGGCGUUAAUUCUGUCAAAGUAUGGGCAGAUUGGUGAUUUCACGCUUGUAAUAGAAGCAGGCUGUGUUCCAGACAGAGCUGUAUCUCUCUGUUCUGGAAGCUCCUCUGUUCCACAUAUUCAGAGCAGAGAAGAGUGUUGGUUUAAGACAAGUUGCACUUUUCAGGGAGGGAAAAAGUUAGAAGCAGGUUGAUGCAGAAGGUGACUGGUUGAUGUGGAUGUUCAGAUUUGGAUUCGAGUGCCAUGAGAUGAGCAGUGGACUUUCUCCUUCCUCUGGAAAAGUGCAUGGGAUGAAGGGAGCCUGACGCUCAUCCACAGCAGAGAGGAGACGCCGGGUGCUGCUGGCGGGGCCACGUGGAGCUGCCCGCCAUGAGCCGGGCACUGCUGUCUGGCAGGAUGCAGCCCGAGGGCCGCAGCGUCUGCGUCUUCCUGCCAGACCGGGAGCAGCUCAGCCUGACUGUGGGGGUCAAAGCCACCGGACAGGAGCUCUUCCAGCAAGUUUGUGAUUUAGUGAAGAUUAAAGAGCCUCAUUUCUUUGGCCUCAGCAUUGUUAAAAAUAAUGAAUAUGUUUUCAUAGACCUGGAGCAGAAGCUUAGCAAAUACUUCUCAAAGGAAUGGAAGAAAGAAACCAGCAAAGUAAGACAGGGAACAGAGAAAUUCAGCCCUCCUUUUGUUGCAUUCUUUAGAGUACAAUACUAUGUAGAAAAUGGAAGGGUAAUAAGUGAUAAGGUGGCAAGGCAGCUCUACUACUGCCAUCUCAAAGAGCAAGUACUUAUGUCUCGGUGCAACCACAAAGAAGAAAUCUACUUCCUGCUGGCUGCCUACAGUUUACAGGCAGACUUGGGAAACUACAGGGAGGAGGUCCAUACUGGGAAAUAUUUUGAACCUCAGGCGUAUUUCCCACAAUGGAUAAUUGCGAAGAGGGGGAGUGAUUACAUCUUGAAACAUGCCCCAGAGAUGCACCGAGAACAGCAAGGCCUGAGUGCAAAGGAAGCUGUGCUGAAGUUCAUUAAGGAGUCCUGCUUGUUGGAAGAUGUGCCUGUCCACUUCUACAGGCUGCAGAAGGAUAAGAAGGAGGAUCGCCCGACAGUUAUCCUGGGCCUGACCCUUAGAGGAAUGCACAUCUAUCAGGAGGUGAACCAUGUUCGUCAGCUCCUCUAUGACUUUCCCUGGUCACACAUCGGGAAGCUGGCAUUUCUGGGGAAAAAAUUCGAGAUCCAGCCAGAUGGUUUGCCCUCCGCACGGAAACUGGUUUACUACACAGGCUGCCCCUUCAGGUCACGGCACCUGCUGCAGCUCCUCAGCAACAGCCACCGGCUCUUUCUAAACAUCCAGCCAGUGUUGAAGCAAAUCCAAAAACUGGAGGAGGCUGAAGAGAAGAAGCGCUACCGGGAGUCCUAUAUCAGUGACACACUGGACAUGGACCUGGACCCGUGUGAUAAGAACUCACAUGGCAGUGGUAGCAGUGGAGGCAGCCGGAGAGAUAAUCGUCUCUCGCGCCAGUCCACAGGGAGUCAUGGCAGCUCACACACAUCAGGCAUCGAGGCUGACUCGAGGCACCGUGUGUCAGUGGAAAUGUCGGUGGAUGAGCCCUUUGGUAUUGACCGAGUGCACAGGAAAGAGAAAUCCUGCAGCUCAACCAUCAGCUACGGCAGCUCUGGCAUUGACAGUGGCAGCAAAGGAAGGGCUGAAGAUGACUCUCAGGAUGAUGAUCUUGAGCUGGCAGUAGAUGAGCCAGAGGAGGUGCCUGUAGAUGAGCCUUUAGAGGGAGACCAGUUAGAGGAGGCCACUGUGGGAGAAUCUGUUGAAUCUCUUCCUCUAGAUGCUGCUAGCUGCCAAGCUAUAAAUCAAGAAUCGCUGCCUGUGGUGCAAGUCACACUAAUAAAAAUGAGAGGUCAAAGCGUGGAGUCCCUUCAGCAGGUCAGGUCGCCCAAGGGCAGGAGCUGCACAGACCAGCACAGCCAGAGUUUGGAUGACAUUCGGCUCUACAAACACCGGCAUCCACCACUAAGUGCCACGCUGUCGUCGGACACGUCCCACAGCUACACGUUUGGCUGCAGCCUGGAAGAUAAACUGGCUAUCUAUGGCUGUGUUUAUUCCACAGCGGACUGCAAAACCAAGUCUGCCCUUUAUGGGAAGCGAUCCAUGAACUGCCUCUCCUUGGAUCUUCUGGGAGAGGACCAGCUGCCGGAGGAGUUUGUGGUGUAAGGAGUUUGGAGCUCUUCCAUACCCAGGGAAACAGCUCGUCAUGGAAAUAUAUACCUCAUUAACACAUGUGAUGUCACUGGUCCUUGCAGGAGAUUGAGCAGCUUUGUUACUCGGCUCCCUAAUCAUUAAGUGGCAUCGCUUCUGCAGACCUGUCUACAGGGCGAAUCAACUGGAGUGUAGCACUUAAUGUUGGCAUUGAAGUGUCUUGUGAGCAGAAAAUGGAAGUGGCCUGCACCAUUAGCAGUGACCAAAAAAACCCCACAAAACAGUAAACCAAAACUGAUACUGAGCUGGCGAAACAAACAUUGUGUCUAAAUGAAUUUAUCAAAAAUAGAUAUAAAAGGUCCUUGUCAGUUUAGCUUACUGCCUUUCUUUUCUGGUCUAUAUGUUGAUGCUAGUAUGCAAAUAGUGGGGUUGUUUAGAGAUUGUGCUGCUGCAACACUGCCAACAGCUGUCAGGCCGGGAUAUACUCUGAGCAUAUUUGGAGUUCUGUGUAUGGUAAAUGUGACUGGUAAAUGAAUCCUUAUGUCCUUGAGGGAGAUUAGGGGGAAAAGAUGGAACAAAUAAUCUGGCCGCUUCUGAGCAUACAGAGAACAAUUUACGAGCAGUAAAUAACUGGCUUUUGAAGACAGCAGCGUGACUGGAGAAUUUGACAAGGAAUGAUGUCCCCCUGUAUAGAAUCAUACUUUAUGUUGUUGUUUUCUUUAUUUUUAAUACAUUUGUUCCUUAGAAAUUUUUACUCUGCUUUGGAGGCAAGUAUAGACUGAAGAAAGUUGCUUUGAAUGGAUGAAGUGCCUAAUGACUGUGCUUAACUUAGUCCUGGAUAGGUCAUGUGAGUGAGUGAUGCUGUAGGGCCUGUGAUAAUGAAGGCGUGGUGGGGUGGAACCAAGGGUAUGUGUUUAGUGAUUUCAGUCCCGUGGAGCUGGCCGUGCUGGCAUUCACCAGAAAAGUAGUUACAGUUAUGCUGUUUGACUAAGGCAUUGUCUGGUGUGGGAAACACCUCGCUACCUUUUUGCAUCCAAAUAUAUGUAUAUUUGUUUGAUUUCCUUCUCUGUCUUUCCCCACUGUCUAGUACCUCUUCUCCAUUGAUUGCCAGUGUUUGGGAAGCUUGUACUUAGAGGCAGGCCAUGUGUAACCUGUGCCCAGCUUUUUACAGCCUUGCAGGUGAAAAAUAAUCAUUGUUUUAUGGCAAAAUUCAGAACUAGAAUGAUGCUAUUGUGCUGAUAUAGGAAGUGAGUGUUGCACAGUGUUAAUCAGUCAAAAGAGGAAGAUGACUGCAGUUGGGAAAGGAAGGAAGUCAGAACAUGAGGAGAGUUCAAGCUGCUUUCACAGUGAACUUGCUGGCCUAGCUGGUAAACUGCAUUCCUGCAAACUGUUAAAAUAGCAAAUCCAUGAAGUCUUUAAUGUCUGUUUCUGUGCAGGUGAAUGAGGUGUAGAGAUGUAACGUCAGGCCAUCAUUUGGAUCUGUGUGUACUGAAGUGACACCAGUAGCUGUACACAUUCUUGUAGAUGAAUCCAGCACAAACCCUAACUGUGUUUGAUGAAUGAGUGAUGGACACAAGCUCUCUGUAACCACAACUUAAUUGACUGUGCCCUCUUUGAUCACAUUGCACUUUCUUCCUGUAAUGAACAAUUCUAGCCUGUACGUUCACCAUAGCCUUUUCUUCCAUCCUUGCAAGCAAAGCCAAAAUGCCUUUUGAGUACUUGAGGUAUAUUUGUUAUAUCCAAAAUGUCCUUUCACCAUUUAGGGCUGCGUCCCCUGAUACCUGGGGCCUGUCUGGCCUUAAGCCGUGGGAGAUGGGCACCCCCGAGAUCCAGGAGGCUGGUGGCAGCCUUGCUCCUGCACCCACCACAGAUCUGGAGGGACAGCUCUUACCACAGUGGUGCACACUCUCCAGUGAGAAAGGUUGGGGAGGUCUAGAAUGAUGGCUCUGCUGAACUGUGGCUCUCCCACACAUACUGACAUACAACUGCUCAUGGUCCUGGCAAUGGUUAACUGGGAAAAAGUUCAAAAGAUAUCAUUGUCUGGUGUCUUAAAACAUGCGUGUGCACCACAUGCUCACAUCCAUGAACACGUCUCAAAGAUGAUCACAGUGGUAUCUGCCUCAACCUAACAAGCUUACUGAAGCAUGUACUACCAUUAAGCAGCUUGGUAUUUUCUUGAUAUUUUUCAGUACUAGUGACAUGCUACAGUCCAGUGUUGCUGAUUCACAAAAUGUACCAGUGCCUGACAGCAGUGCAGUUGGCUCUUUAAUGAGUAUUUUUUGCCUUGUAUGUACAUGUUCCUUGUAUUUAUUCACAGCUGGUGGGGAAGGCAAGCUCUCCAAGUCUGGCCAUUGUUGCUCAGUGGUCUACACAAACCACUCCAGUACUGUAAGUUAAAUAUACAUGUGAAGGGGAGACUGGACAUUUUAUGUGUACACUGAGAAUGAAAUAAUUAAUACUUUACAAGCACUGUGAAUAUCUGUUAUGCAAGUUUUUGUAUUCAUAUGGAAACAAAAAAGUUCCUGGUAGUAAUAGAUCUUUUUUUGUCUUUGUAUUUAGAAUGUCUUUUAUUAUUUUGGUUUGAUUACUUUGGUAGAGGGUAACAUGUAAGCAUUUAUCAAUGGAUGUUAGAAACUAGCUGCCAAUAUUUGUAUAUAUUUGUAAUAUACUCAUGGUAUAAUCACUCUAUUUUAAUGGUAAAAGUUUCUCCUUUCCAUGAAAGGAAUUCCUCAUUCAAAAUAAAAUAUAAAUAAUUAUAUGUAUACCUGCAAUAAAGUAUGGACAGAAAACAA